CUGUCUGGGCAGAGCGGGGGCAUGAAGGGACGCCGAGCUAACCGGGCCUGCCCUGCACCCUCUCCUUCCCGAACCCGACCCAGUCCUGGAUUUCCUAGCUGACAGACCUCUUCUGGACCCUCUCCAAACCCCUAUCCAACCUAGCCAACGAUCCGCUGUGUGACCUUGGGCAAGUCCCUGGCUUUCUCUGGGCCUAAGCAUCCCCCCAUCCCCCUUGUAAAAUGCAGAGACUGGAAGCGAAACUAUCUAAGGGCCCCGUCCUCCUCCUGACGUUCUAGAGUUAAGGUUCUUUCCAUGCCUAUCAGUCGGCGGUGUCAGAUCCUUCCUCUUCGAACGUUCCAUUUCCUUUGUUGCAGCUUGGAGCGUUCUGUUUCUUGCACCUCGGAACGCCCUGUUUAUUGCAUCUCCCAACGUUCCAUUUGCUGCAGCUGCAAGUGUUUCCUGGAGUUCCUAACAUUCUGUUUGUUUGGAUUCUUUCCAUCGCUAACAUUCUGAGGUCAGGCUAACACUCUAUGUUCCAAGACUCCUUUCGGUUCUAAUGUUCGGGCUAUAUUAGCCCUUAACAUUCUUCGUUCAUUAACAUUCAGUGCCCUAAGAACCCUGGGAGGACUUGAAUUUGAUAUUCCAAGAUCCUUUCUUGCUCUAGCAUUCUGUGGUCUCCAUUCAGUUUCCUCUGACAGCUCCGGACUUGUGCCUGGACUCCAGUUCUAAUGUUCUAUUAUUGUGACAAUCUUUGCCUAUAACAUCUGUGUCCAGUCGUUUCCCCUGUAAUCUAGACUGGGCCCUUUCUCUCCCCACCCCCACCUCACUCUUCCUAGUUUUAGCCCCUGAACAAGCUAUCUAAAGUAACACACUCCCCACUCCCCCACCUCCCAAUUCCUUUACCAUGAAUAGGACCCCUCUGAAGCGCUCCAGGAUCCUGAGGAUGGCCCUCACAGGGGCCUUGGAGGCACCAGCGGAGGGAGAGCCAGGUCAUGAGAAGCCAUUUCUGCUGAGGGCACUGCAAAUCGCCCUGGUGGUGAGCCUUUACUGGGUCAUCUCCAUCUCUAUGGUCUUCCUGAAUAAAUACCUGCUGGACAGCCCCUCGCUGCGCCUGGAUGCCCCGCUCUUUGUCACCUUCUACCAGUGCCUGGUAACUGCCCUGCUCUGCAAGGCCCUCAGCCUCCUGGCCACCUGUUGGCCGGGCACCGUGGACUUCCCCUCUGUGCGGAUGGACAUGAAGGUCUCUCGGAGCAUCUUGCCCCUGUCAGUGGUAUUCAUUAGCAUGAUCACCUUCAACAACCUCUGUCUCAAGUACGUUGGGGUGGCCUUCUACAAUGUGGGCCGCUCGCUCACCACCGUCUUCAACGUCUUACUUUCCUACCUGCUGCUCAAGCAGACCACCUCCUUCUAUGCCCUGCUCACCUGUGGCAUCAUCAUUGGUGGCUUCUGGCUUGGUGUGGACCAGGAGGGAGAAGAAGGCACCUUGUCGUGGGUAGGCACCCUGUUUGGGGUGCUGGCCAGCCUCUGUGUCUCCCUCAAUGCCAUCUACACCAAGAAGGUGCUGCCGGCGGUGGACGGCAGCAUCUGGCGGCUGACCUUCUAUAACAACGUCAAUGCCUGCGUCCUCUUCCUCCCCCUGCUGCUGCUCUUUGGGGAGCUGCAGACCCUGGCCACCUUUGACAAGCUGGACAGCGCCCACUUCUGGGGCAUGAUGACCCUGGGUGGGCUCUUUGGCUUCGCCAUCGGCUACGUGACGGGCCUGCAGAUCAAGUUCACCAGCCCCCUGACCCACAACGUGUCGGGCACAGCCAAAGCCUGUGCCCAGACGGUCCUGGCCGUCCUCUACUUUGAGGAGACCAAAAGCUUCCUUUGGUGGACAAGCAACAUGAUGGUGCUGGGCGGCUCCUCGGCCUACACGUGGGUGAAGGGGCUGGAGAUGAAGAAGGCACAGGAGGAACUGAUCCCCAAAGAGACUGAGAAGGGUGAGAUAGGGGUGUGAGCCCUCCCUGCCCUGGUCAGAGACCAUGGGGUGGACCUGGGGGGUUAGAGGGCAGGGAAGAACCCCCUAGGGAUGGACAGGAGAGGAUAUGAUGGUGGACAGAUCUGGUCUGUGUGGGUGGGGAACUGGAGGCCACUGGCACCCAGGAAGAGUGAGAGCCACAGAGAAUGAGUCUGGAAGCUAACCAGCUGAGGGCAGUAACUCCUGUAUCAUUAUGCCCAUUUCUAUAGUGUUUUAUGGUUUACAGGGUUCCUCCCUCAUACCCACCUCGCGCAGGCAUGUACAUAUUAUUAUCCCCAAUUUACAGGUGAAGGAACUGAGACUUGGGAGUGGGGACAGGUCACUUGGCCAAUAAGUGUCAGAACUGGGAUCCGAACCUGGGCCUUCCCAGAAUUUCUCUCACUACUGCCUGUAAAGUGGCAUCAGUCUUGUUGUAAGGACUAGCCAAAAACUGCCAUGGGAGUGUCUGUCCUCUCUCCUGUCUUGGGGGUGUUUUUAGACCUUGGAGGAGGGGUCUUCUAUGAGAGGAUGGAGUGGGUGGAGAAAUAAGUUGUUUUUGCUGUUACCUUAGGAAUCCCAAGCCAGAGGGAUGGGCCCCUCCAUCCUGUUCUCUUCUCCCAUGGAGGAUGUUACGCCUAGAGGCUGUUAACCGUUGUAAAUGUCCCCAUUAGUCCUUGGGAACCAGUGUGGAUAUGCUUAUAAAUACAGUCCCCAUCCACCAAACCUCUUUGAAAGCAGGUGCUAAUUUUGCUGUCCCCAUAUCUCAAAGGAAGGUAUGGCUUUGAUCUGAGUGGAGAAAAAUGGACUACCUGCCCCUUAAUGUGAGAGCAGCUGAGAGCCCUGGCCAGUCAAAGGGUGGGGAGUACACUUUGGAAAGAAGACAGAAUUGAGCCCAGCUUCAGUGAAGUGAUUCCCCCCAUAUAGUCACCUUUGGCCUCAGCCUCUGCCCUUAGGGGAUCCCCUGGCCUUGACUUGGGAAAGAACAGUCCUACUCUCCAGCCAUUGGCACGUAUUGGCCCUUUGGUUCUCCUUUGGCCUGCCAAACCAUCUGUCCCUGCCACGGGCCAGCCCCAGGCUUGGAUUCCAACAUGGAUGAAAGCCCUCCAUGUGCCCAUAUCUGCUCCCAGCCACAGCCCCCAAUGAUCUCUCUGUAAGGUGAUGGGUUGGCUGGGGUUUCCUGUUACUGUGACCUGUGAGCAGCGUACAGCUCAAGAAACCUCUGAUCUUGGUCUGUUGUUCACUUGUUUUCCAGACUGGGAUUUGGUGGGGGGAAGCUCAACAUGUGAGAAGACCUCCCCCAAGUCCCGUGUGAGAGUAAUGUCUGACCUUACAUUACCAUCCUUUUCCUUCUCAAUCCACCCUAAAAUUGGGAGAUUCAAAUGAUGCCUUGAGUGUUUCGAAUAGGUCAGGAAAAUGUGACUUCUUAAUGCUGCUUGUGCCCUAUCCCCACACAGGGGCCAUAGGGCAUUUUAUUCCUAUCUUUCCCCUGGGAGCAAAGAGGGCUUGGGGUCGUUACAGAGUCUUCUCCGUCCACCCACCCUCUUCCUCCAUGAUAAAUAUUGUAUUGACUUGUAUUGUGAUUUUAUAUAAAAGGCUGAGUAUGAGGAGCAUAGCAUCCUCACUCUUUGAGACUGAAUGUUGGAAAGGGGUAAAAGAUCUGACACGUAAAGGUGCUCAAUAAAUACUUGUUGAUUGAUUACA